GGAAGAUUCGGACCGAACGUUCAUACACGCAGAGAACGCUGCAGCGGCCAAUCAGCGGCCUCGGGAAGCGUGGAAUAGAACGUUGAGACACCGCCGGCUUCCCCCCCUGCCCACCCCGAUUUUCUCCACAUGCUCCUCCUCUGGAUGCUGUUGUUUGUGGUGUUUUAGCUGCCGAGGAGCUACGAGAGGGGCGGGAGGGGGACAUCAACAUACCCUUGUUCGUGCCGAUUGAAGCAGGAGGGGGAGGCCGAGGGGCGAUUCAUCGGCUCUGAAGCUUCGGAUACACAGAAGCGGCUUGGGAGUUUUGGGGAGGAAGAGAAGAAGGGAUCCUUUGUGGAUUUUCCCCUCCCCGGAACACUCACGCAUACCGCCGGCGCCGUGUUUGGCUCUCCUCCUCCUCCCUCCCUCCCUUGUUGUGGUUUCGUUUCUCUCGCCAUGUCGGUGAAUAUGGAGGAGCUUCGGCAUCAGGUCAUGAUCAACCAGUUCGUGCUGGCUGCGGGCUGUGCGGCGGAUCAAGCAAAGCAGCUGCUGCAGGCGGCACACUGGCAGUUCGAGACUGCUUUGAGUGCUUUUUUUCAAGAAACCAACAUUCCUAACACCCACCACCACCAUCAAAUGAUGUGCACACCCAGCAAUACUCCAGCCACGCCUCCCAACUUCCCAGACGCCCUUGCCAUGUUUUCCAAGCUGCGGACUUCAGAGAACCUUCAGAGCAGCAACAGCCCUAUCACAUCCAUGGCUUGCUCUCCUCCGGGUAGCUUCAGCCCCUACUGGGCUUCUUCACCUCCAAACCACCAGCCUGCCUGGAUCCCUCCUUCGUCACCCACCAGUCACAACCUCCACCACCACCUCCAUCACCAGCAGCCCAUGUGGCCUCCUGUGUCUCAGCAAGGGCCCCCCCAGCAGAAAGCCAUGGCGGCAAUGGAUGGCCAGAGAUAAGACUUAAUGUUUUUGGAAUGGGGGGGGAAAGAAGUUGAUUGGGUGGUGGGGGUGGUAAAGAGGGUGUGGCAAAUCCGAGGGGGCACAGGGAAAUGGGGUGGGGGUAUUUUUUCCCCCCUGAAGAUCGCACUGGAAUAUUUUAUAGUGGUUUUUUUUUUAAAGAAAAAACUGAUGAGAUGUCGUCAUCAGCCCAAACCCCGAUGGUCCUUUCCCCUGCACCCACCUACCUUCUCUUCCCUUAUCCACUCUUCAGGAGAGUUAAUAACUGAUCUUUUUCUCUUUUUUAAAAGAAAAAAAAAUUAUAUAACUAUAAUAUAUAAAUAUAUAAAUAUAUCUAAUGUAUAUACAUCACGAAUGAAAGCAACGGAAUUGCAAAGAUCCAGGUAGCAUUCUGCGAAAGCUGCCUGGAAAAAAGAAGGGUGGAUGUGUUGGAUCCCGGGGGGGUCAGGGGGGGUGUCAAGGUGUCUCCCUGCGCGCGCGUAUGUAUGUGAUUGGGGGUGGCCGGGAGAGCUCAGAAAGUUGCCUCUCCUUUCCACCCUUUCCCAAUUUUGUUGCCCUUCCUCUUGAUUUUUCCUUUGGCUCCUGGUUGUCGGGAGUUGCCUGUAGCAGCUGAGAUGGUUGAGGGGCCUUGAAGGAGAAACCCUCCUUGCUUGAAGGGAAAGCACAGGCCUCAGGUUCUGUGGCUGUCUGUGUGCCCGUGCGGUUCAGAGAGCCUCCUGGGCUGGGUGGGGUGUCACCUCCUAAAGGAAUUGAGCUUCCACCCCCUGCCCCAUGUUGUGACUGAGCGUGAAUAGUUGGGGAGGUAAUUUUCCAUGGCGGGCUCUGCUCCACAGGGCUCUCCUGUAGGCCACAGAAGGAGCCUGAAAAGAAAAGAAAAAAUGAAAUUGUGCAACAUGUCACGUUAUCGGGGCUGUAAUCUUUGAGACCAUGUUGAGUCCUACUCAAGAUUUUGUAUAUUCAAGGAGGCAAAUCUUGCCAUUUUUUUAGAGGUGCCGAGACGUGCAGUCUGGCAAAAUCAGCCAGCUCUUCUUCUUCUUGCCUAUACAUGGGUUGGCAAAUUUAUGGGGUUUCGUGGGCUUGAGUCCGUGCUGUCAUUUGGGUUUAAACCCUUUCUCCAUCGCCCCAACUUUGGCCUAUUGAAACCCCUUUUCUUCAACGGCUGCAGCAGGUGUGCUCCAAGUAGGAGAAACUAGAAAUGGGUUGGGGUUUUGUUUUUUGGUACCUUACCACAGACUCUUUCUUGCUCUCCCACCCCCACCCGCCCCCUUCUUGGUUUUUUGGGGGGAAUGGUUUUCCCCUUCAGCUCUCAAGCUGUUUCCCUUUUUAAAAGGACAAAGUUUAAGCAUUUGGGAGGAUAAGCUGGAAGGGAAGUUGCUGAAGUUCUUAAAGGUGUAUAAAAACACAAACGUCAACCUCCCCAGAAGGUGGAUAAUACGAAGGAGGACUCAAGAGAGUGCUCCCUGACAUCCGGUGGCAAGGGGAGAUGCUGAGGCUCUUUUUGUUUUUUGUUUUGUUUUUUAGGUUUUAAAAUCAGAAUCUUGCUUAAACAGGUUGAAGGUUUUAUAUUAAUUUAAAAAUAAAAAAUCACUUUUUUAA